GGACCUGGAGCAGGGGUUGCGGGGUUGCCUUGGGGGGCCGGGGUUCGUGGCGCUGCUUGUCACCGUUGACUCGGUGGUGGGGUGCCACUCCGGGGCCGGUGCCUGUGUCCACGGAGGGCUGGUGCCGGCUUGCGGGGGUGGCAAGAUGUGUGCUCCUUGGAAAGUUGGGGCCCGGCCUGUUUAGGCCCCAGGGGCGGGGCCGUCUCAAAUUUGUUUUGUCUCCUGGUUAAGGACACCCCACCUGUCACUGGAGGGAAACUGAGGCCCCUUCUGGCCGUCCCGGGUGUCAGGGGCUCAGAAUUUGAGGCCAGAAGGAGAUGCUCUGAGGCUGGCUGUCUCCUUAAAGGGACACUCCAGGAAUACCUAGGAGUGUCGCCAGGAAAAUCGCCAGGAAUACCUAGAGUCCCAUUCCAGCUAUUUGGAAGGGAAAGUUAAGAAAAUGAGGCAGAAGGAAUUGUUAACCAAGACCUUCCAAGGCCCAGCUGUUGUCUGUAGGACUCCCAGCAGCCACGUUUACAUGUUCAAGAAUGACAGUGGGGACUCCGGGGACUCCUCUGAGGAAGAGUCACAGCGUGUGGUGUUGCGACCCCGAGGCAGGGAGCGUCAGAAGAGCAGCCUUCAGCAGCCUGGAACCGGCCACAUGGUGCUGUUGCAGCGGGAGCUGGCCCAGGAGGACAGCCUCAACAAGCUGGCUCUCCAGUACGGCUGCAAAGGGAAUAAAAUCAUUUCUUCUGUGAAGGAAACACGACUCCCUCUUCUCAUAUGUGGAAUCUGGAAACAGUCAAAACUGAGUGGCAGUUUUGGAGAAGGUGACAGUGGCCUGUGCCUCCCGCGGGGCCUGGGCAAGGUGCCUCGGGCCCUUGCUGUGCACCUGCUUACGUGGCCAGGCAAGAACAGAGCAAGUGAUAAACAGUGCACCCUGGCCCACUGACCUACAUAAUGUGCCUCAUAAUUCAGUUAGGUCUGUGAAGACACACGGCGGAGUUGGAGUUCUGCUAACCUAUUGCAUUUGGUAAUCGGGGGUGCUUCUGAAAAGAUUUAAAACCUUUUAAAUUGUGUGCAUGUGUGUCUCUGUGGGUAUGUACAUGUGAAUUCAGGAGGGGCUGCAGGAACCACUAGAGCUGGAGUUGAAGAUGGUUGUGGGUGCUAACAACUACCCUGAAGUCCUCUGCAAGAGUAAACACUCUUUAACAGUGGAGCCGUCUCUCCAGUCCCCAAGAAAGUGAAUGCUUUAAAGAAAUACCUCACCAUAGUUUUGUUUGGCCACAGUGCUUCAUGAUAAACCCUAAGGAAUGUUCUCAGUAUUGCCUGAGCUGAUUUUAUAUGGGGAGACAAGGCUCCAGGCUGGGUUGCGCACUGCCUGCCUGAAUAGCAGGGGCAGAGAGAAGGGACAAGAUGCAUUGAAGCUCAUGGAUUUGACAGUCAUCUGGGACAGACAGAGCCCUGGGCCAUACUUACCUUAUAGAGGAAGGUUAAAGUCACACAAAAGAUGGCUGCAGCCAGGAACCAAACAUACUAAAGCAUUGUUCUCCUGCCUGGAGGCUGCCUCGAAGCAACCCAGGAAGUCAGGAGGGUCUACGUGAAGUGUGCCUGGAACAGCCAUACCAGGAUCCAUACCCGAGAUCACACACCCCUGGAAUGGCUGUUGGCUAGGGGAGUGGUUGGGGUGGGGGGGUCUCCAGGAAUAGGUGUAUAUAAUUGGCUGAAACUAGGCACUUCAAGGAUGCUUGAUUUGCAUUAUACAGCACACUCCAAUCCUAAGAGUAGAGUAUCAGUGCUUGCUUAACAUACAGAUAAGUGCAGGGAGGGGAGAGCUAGCAGGGAGCUGUGCCAGAGGCCAUAUAUCAAGUGUGGCUAGGGCAAUGUAUCUAAAGGUACUCUCCAGAUGAAGUCAGGCAGAGAGCAGGCCGAGGGGAGGGAGUUCUGCCUUUAGCUCCUAAUGGCUACCCUGUCUAGGCAAGAACUGCCACAUCAACCAGCAUAACCCGUGGAGUUUGUUGUUCAGUGGACGCCGUGGGAGGGCAAGCAUUUCCUGCAGGGACUCCCACCUUCCCAAUCCCCUUACGAGUAGGGGACUGUCACCACUUUAUAGACAGGAAGCUAAGAGCCUAUAGCUGAGAAAUGGGGCUGCUUGGGAACCUGCCUGGGCUGGCAGACUCAGAACUUGUGCUCCUCCUGUUCCACAGCCUUUCUACUCUGCUGCCCACCAGCCUGCUCAUGGUGGGUCUGAUGGAGGUGCUAAUGGCCUGCAAGGUAUCAGACCCUGGGGCAGCAGGGUCUCUGAAAGUACCUGUGGUCAUGGCCUGUCAAGGCAGGGCUUCAGGAGAGAGUGGCAGAGAAUUAGACAAUUUGUCCUGGUCCAUGGGAACACUGGCCAGUGCUGUAUGAAGAGUCCACUGCACAGAUUCAAGAACUGUGGUCAGCACUCAAGUACCCACCAUCUUUUUUCCCCUUUGUGUGGAGGGUGAGUGCUGGGGAUUGAGCCCUGGCCCUAGCUGUUCUACCACUGAGCUAUACUCCUCACUCAAUCCUAUUUUGUUAUGUUUGGGUUUUUAAGAACUGACUACUAUUUCUUUUUGCAGUGCCCAGAAAUCAAACAAAUAGGCAACUGCUCUAUUUAUCUGCAUCCCCUUGCCCUAGUUCCUUCUCCCAUUUUAUUUGCUGGUAUAAAACUCCGUUGGAUAUAAUCUCUGAGCCAGAGACCUAGACUCCUCCCUUGUCUAAAGAAGUCAGCCUGGCUUCCCAUUUGCUAUAUUCCUCCUCAUGCUCAGUAUGGUGGGAAGAGGGCUGGUUCAUUCCCAGGGGGAAGGCUAGCUUCACCGGGCUGAGCAGGGACACUUGGGAAGGGAGGACAGGCCUGCACAGCCAGGUGGCUCAGUGCAGCUGCUGAGGACCUUCGAGGCCAGCCUCCCUGCCUCUCCCUGCCCUCAGAAGGAACAGCAUGGUGCUGGCAGCUUCAACCUAUGACCUGUGCCUCUUCCUAGCCCUGCUCAAAGUUGUGGAAGUUUCCAGAGACUGCCCCACCAGUGGGCACUGUUGCUGGCAGUGCCGCUUAACCCCUCUCCAGGCCUUAACACAGCCCAGGGGAGAGUCCCCCAACUCUUCAGAAAGUAAUCUGAUAACUUAUUUUUGAGACAACUCGCUCGGGCUUACAAUUUGCCAGGGAGACUAGGCCUCUCCCUCCUCAGCGCUGCCACCCUCACAUCUGUCUGCAUUUAGUUAUUCUAAGGUACUAUUUCAUUGUCCCAAAUAAGGAACACAUACUUUUUAGCUAUACUCCAUCCAUCCAACCAUCCAUUCACAUACACUUCAGUUCUUUAACCUUUCAGAAUACCAAGAGGUAAUGUGAUAACGAGACGAGGGGGGGGGCCUGUUCCCUGCUCUCAAGGCUGUUGGCUGAUAAGCUAGGAGGGGAUGUGAUGAAGGCUCAGGGCCCCAGAGAGGGGAAUGGGUAAUGUGUCAACUGGGGAACAGUCAUAGGUUCUCUAGAUGAGCUGAGAUUUCCUUAGCUGACACACAGAAAGGCAGUGGGAGUCAGUGACACAGUGGACAGGUGCUGAUCAAAGGACUAGAGGGUGGAAGAUGGGGACUGAGUAGCUGGUGAUCUGGUAUAUAGGGAGUGUAAAUGGAACUGGGGGAAAUGUUGCCAGAACGGUUUGUCGAUGGAUGUACAACAACCUGAGUUCUGCAUUUAAGGCCUUGGGAUUAUUUCAGGGAAAUUAGAGGUGACUCACGAUGGCAUGGGGCUGGCACCACUGAACGACAUUUUCUUACUAUGCCCAUUAUUCUUAACUCUUAUCUUAGAUCUGUUAAGUCCAUAAAGUUUCAUUUGAUUUGGAAAACUGUAGUCAUUCUUAAAUUUUCCUGAUUAUUUUUCUCUAGUUAUACAGAGAGCUGGCUGUUUGAUGAUGUAAAUCU